AUGGCAAAAUCUAUUCUAGCUGAAUCUUCUCCCUUUAAAAUUGCUCUUGUUCAGCUAGGAGGCGUAGGCUUCAAUAAAACUGCUAAUUUAGCACAUGCUCGUGAAAAGAUUCUUGAAGCAGCCAAAAAUGGAGCUCAAGUCGUAGUUUUACCUGAAUGUUUUAACUCACCCUAUGGAACAAAAUACUUUCCUCAGUUUGCUGAGUCUUUAGAAGGUGGAGAAUCUGUUAGUAUGUUGUCCUCAGCUGCCAAAGAUGCCAAUAUUUAUCUUAUCGGAGGUUCCAUUCCUGAAAAAGAAGAAGCAACUGGAAAAAUCUAUAACACGACAACUGUCUAUGAUCCUUCGGGAGCUAUGAUUGCUAAGCAUCGAAAAGUUCACUUAUUCGACAUUGAUGUUCCUGGAAAGAUCACAUUCAAGGAAAGUGAAACGUUAUCUCCUGGUAGUUGGUUAACAUCUGUAGAUACAAAAUAUGGUAAACUUGGGCUUGGUAUUUGUUAUGAUAUCAGAUUCCCUGAAAUGGCCAUGAUUGCUGCACGUAAGGGUUGUUUGGCUAUGAUCUAUCCAGGGGCAUUCAAUAUGACCACUGGUCCAUUGCAUUGGGAACUAUUACAACGUGCAAGAGCUGUUGACAAUCAAAUCUAUGUCGCUACCUGUGCUCCCGCACGCGAUUUAAAUGCAGAUUACCACUCAUGGGGCCACUCUACAGUUGUUGACCCAAGAGGCACAGUUAUCGCAACAUGUGAAGAAAAAGAAACGAUUGUGUAUGCUGAUAUUGAUCCUCAAGAAGUCAAGAAUGUACGCACCUACAUCCCAUUAUACGACCAACGUAGAUUUGAUAUCUAUAAUGACGUUUCUGAAUCAGUUGAGUUUGGUAAAGAUGGCAUUGGCGCUAAAAAGCCAUGA